UGAAGAAUUUUCCAUUCUCCUGCAAUCCAGAGAUGUUGGGAUCCAGCGAGCCUUCUAAGUCAGUCCACUCUCUGAGACCUUCUGAUAUUAAAUUUGUGGCAGCCAUUGGCGAUGUGGAAACUCCUCCAGACUCAGGGACGGUCGACGUGGAGAAGCAAAUAUGGACUGACAAAAUGUCACAGCAGGCGUGCCUGGGAGUGGUGACAGUCCUUUCAGAUGUCAUCAGACAUUUCAAUCCCUCCGUGCUGCGGCCUAUGUGCGCCCCUGGAGAGAGAGUGGAACCCCCCACUGCAGAUGAAGACUUGUGGAUUCAGGCAAAGGAACUGGUGAGGAGCAUGAAAGAGAACCAGCAACUUGACUUUCAAAAUGACUGGAAGCUCAUCAAUGUGUUCUUCAGCAACGCAAGCCAAGAUCACCUCUGUCCCUCCACCCAACAGCAAAGCCAGGUGACAAGUGGCAUGGACAAGCUGACUGGAAUCCUGGACUACCUGCACCAGGAGGUCCCCAAAGUGUUUGUGAACCUGCUGGAUCUCUCUGAGGCAAUGAGGGCCCAGCUCAGCCCCACAGCAGAGCCCUACAGGUGCUCAGAGGAGACCUCGAAGCUGUCCAAGGUUGUGGCACAGUGGUCCUACCAGGAAAGCUGGGAAUGUCUCCUGGCCUCCAGCAAGUACAAUGAGCAGGAGUCCUUCGCGGUUGUUUUCCAGCCCUUCUUGUACGAGACAGCACUGUGGAGGAAGCAGCCACUCGAGGAUCCCACCUCACUCGCCUUGAAUCUCUGGAACAACAUGAUGAAGCCAGCAGGACAGAAAGAUGAGCCAUUCAGUGCAGAAGAGAGGAAGCUGGUGAAAUGUCCCUCUGAGGAGAAUCCCUACCUGUUCACCUACAGGAACAGCAACUACCUGCCCACGAUGACAAAACUCGCUGAGAGGCUUGAGGUGAGAGAAGGAACAGAGAUUGGGUGCCCUGACAGGGAUCCCUCCGACUCAAUUCCCACCUCAGUUCACAGGCUGAAGCCGGCUGACAUCAAGGUAAUCGGAGCGAUGGGCGACUCUCUCACGGCAGCUAAUGGGGCUGGGUCCAGUCCUGGGGACGUGCUGGACGUCGUGACUCAGUAUCGAGGUCUGUCCUGGAGCGGCGGCGGCGACCAGAACCUCAGCAGCGUCACCACUCUGCCAAACAUCCUCCGGGAAUUCAACCCUUCCCUGACGGGCUUCUCUGUUGGCACCGGGAGUGAAAACAGUCCUGGAGCCUUCCUAAACCAGGCCGUGGCAGGAGCCCACGCUGAGGGGUUACCUGCUCAGGCCAGGAAGCUGGUGGACCUGAUGAAGAGUGACACAAAUAUAAAUUUUCAGGAAGAUUGGAAAAUAAUAACCAUGUUUAUAGGAAGCAAUGACCUCUGUGGUUUCUGCAAUGACCAGGCCCACUAUUCUCCGCAGAACUUCACAGACAACAUUGGGAAGGCUCUGGACAUCCUCCAUGCCGAGGUUCCUCGGGCGUUUGUGAACCUGGUAAAGGUGCUACAGAUUGUCAGCCUGAGGGAGCUGUACCAGGAGGAUAAAGUCAGCUGCCCAAGGCUGAUCCUCAGGUCUCUGUGCCCCUGUGUCCUGCAGUUUGAUGAUAACUCAACAGAACUUGCCUCCCUCAUCGAAGUGAAUCAGAAGUAUCAGGAGGGGACUCACGAGCUGGUUGAGAGUGGGCGAUACGACACAAGGGAAGAUUUUACAGUGGUCGUGCAGCCGUUCUUUGAAAAAGUGGACAUGCCAAAGACCUCGGAGGGGUUGCCUGACAGCUCUUUCUUUGCUCCUGACUGUUUCCACUUCAGUAGCAAGGCUCACGCCCACGCAGCCAGUGCCCUCUGGAACAACAUGCUGGAACCCGUCGGCCAGAAGACAACACGGCAUAAUUUUGAAAGUGAGAUCAGUAUCGCAUGUCCAAACCAGGACUGGCCAUUUCUGAGCACCUACAAGAACAGCGUACAGGGUCAUGGGAGCCAGCUGCUGUGCAGUGACAGAGCCCCUUCUGCCUCAUCGCCCACCUCUGUGCACUCCCUGAGACCUGCAGAUAUCCAAGUUGUGGCUGCUCUGGGGGAUUCUCUGACCGCUGGCAUUGGAAUUGGCUCCAAACCGGACGACCUUCCCGAUGUCACCACUCAGUAUCGGGGGCUGUCAUAUAGUUCAGGAGGGGAUGGCUCCCUGGAGAACGUGACCACCUUACCGAAUAUCCUUCGAAAGUUUAACAGCAAUCUCACAGGCUACGCAGUGGGCACUGGUGACGCCAAUGAUACCAAUGCGUUCCUCAAUCAGGCUGUUCCCAGAGCAAAGGCUGAGGACCUUACAAACCAAGUCCAGGCUCUGGUGCAGAGGAUGAAAGAUGACCAUAGAGUAAAUUUCCACGAGGACUGGAAGAUCAUCACGGUGCUGAUCGGAGGCAGCGAUUUAUGUGACUACUGCACGGACUCGAAUCUGUAUUCAGCAGCCAACUUUUUUGAGCAUCUCCGCAAUGCCUUGGACAUCCUGCACAGAGAGGUGCCCAGAGCCCUGGUCAACCUCGUGGACUUCAUGAGCCCCAUUGCCAUGCGGCAGGUGUUCCUGGGGAACCCAGACAAGUGCCCAGUGCAGCAGGCCAGCAUUUUGUGUAACUGUGUUCUGACCCCACGGGAGAGCUCCCAAGAGCUGGCCAGGUUGGAGGCCGUCACCGGAGCCUACCAGAGCAGCAUGCGUGAGCUGCUGGAGUCGGGUCGCUACGACACCCAGGAGGACUUCUCUGUGGUCCUGCAGCCUUUCUUCCACAACAUCCAGCUCCCCGUCCUGGCGGAUGGGCGCCUGGAUACGUCCUUCUUUGCCCCAGACUGCAUCCACCCGAACCAGAAAUUCCACUCCCAGCUCUCCAGAGCCCUUUGGGUCAACAUGUUUGAACCACUAGGAAGGAAAACGGAUACGCUGGACCUGGCAGUAGACAUCCCCCUCUCCUGCCCCCCUCAGAAUGAUUCCUUCCUGAGAACUUCCCGGAACAGUAACUACACAUACCCUACCAAGCCAGCCAUUGAGAACUGGGGCAGUGACUUCCUGUGUACGGAAUGGAAUCCUUCCAACAGUGUUCCCACCUCAGUCCAUGAGCUCCAACCAGCAGACAUCAAAGUGGUGGCUGCCCUGGGUGACUCGCUGACUACAGCGGUGGGAGCCCGCCCAGACAAUACCAGCGACCUACCCACGUCCUGGAGGGGAUUGUCCUGGAGCAUUGGAGGGGAUGGAGUCUUGGAUACCCAUACCACACUGCCCAACAUUCUAAAGAAGUUCAACGCUCACAUCCUUGGAUUCUCCACCGGCACCCAGGAGGAGAUGGCAGGACUGAACGUAGCCGUGGAAGGGGCCAGAGCUCGGGACAUGCCGGCCCAGGCCCGGGACCUGGUGGAGCGAAUGAAAAACAGCCCUGAAAUCAACCUCGAGCAAGACUGGAAGCUGAUCACACUCUUCAUCGGGAGCAACGACUUGUGUCAUUACUGCGAGAAUCCGGAGGCCUACUCAGAGGAGGAGUAUGUUCAGCACAUCCAGCAGGCCCUGGAUAUCCUCUAUGAGCUUCCAAGGGCUUUCGUCAAUGUGGUAGAGGUCAUGGAGCUGGCUAGCCUGUACCAGGGCCAAGGUGGGAAAUGUGACAUGUCACUGGCAGCUCUGAGCAACUGCACUUGCCUCAGACGCUCCCAGGACAACUCCCUGGAGAUGCAAGAGCUGAAGAAAGUGAACUGGAACUUCCAGAGUGGCAUCACCAGGUUCUCCUACCAGCACCAGUACCUGCAGCGCGAGGACUUCACAGUGGUCGUGCAGCCCUUCUUCCAGAACACUCUUGUCCCCCUGAGUGAUAGAGGGGAUGCUGACCUCACCUUCUUCUCCGAAGACUGUUUCCACUUCUCAGAACGCGGUCAUGCCGAGAUGGCCAUCGCACUCUGGAACAACAUGCUGGAACCAGUGGGCCAAAAGACAACCUCCAACAACUUCACGCACAGCCGAACCAAACUCAAAUGCCCCUCUCCUGAGAGCCCUUACCUCUAUACCCUGAGGAAUAGUCAGCUACUCCAAGACCAGGCUGAAGCAGGCCCCAUGGUGAUCUUCUGGGCUGUGCCAGUGGCAGCAGGAGGCGGGCUUGCAGUUGGUGUCGGCACAAUGAUGGCAUGGAGAGCCAUACGAGGUCGCCAGAGGGAAAAUCCUCCAAUAAACCUGAACACUAUGGGCUUCUAGGCCCCCCAGCUGUGUACAGGCACUCAUCCUAAAUUCCCCAGCCACACUCCUCAUCAGCUCUCUACCUCAGCCACCCCUGGCC